AUGACGUCCCAAGACGUUAACGAUAGCGGAGCCAGGCCAAAGCGAAGGUCGCAAGAGCCUGCAUCGCGCCGUAUCUUCGACGUACCCACGCCCAUCAAACAGCUGUUCGACAAAUUCCCACUGCUCACAUACCCGGUAAACCAUCUUCCACAACGCGCGCCGCAGCAUCGCAAUGCACCUGUUCUGCACAUCUUCACCACUGCAGCAGGUGCAUCAAGAGGUGCGCCGUCGUAUAAUCCAGCAUGCUUGAAGUGGCAGGCAUACCUCAAGUUUUCCGGUAUUGAUUUUCGCGUCGCCUCCUCAAGCAACCAUGCCUCGCCAAGCGGCGCUCUCCCGUUCCUUGUUCCUGCGCAGCCCGACACACUCAAGCCUGUGCAGCCAGUACCGUCAGGCAGGCUUCAGCGAUGGACCAUGAACAACAGUGAGGCCGCAAUCGAAGAGUCUGGGGAUCUGCGAUAUGAAGCAUACUUGUCACUCCUCGAUCACCGGAUACGAAGGGCAUGGCUCUACAGCAUAUAUCUCUCACACAACUUCACCUCCAUCGCCGAGCCACUCUACAUCCUCCCUACCUCUAGCAAUCCCUUCGUUCGUCUCACCAUCGCCCGUGAGCUACGUCUUGCCGCCGAAAAGGAGUUGCUCAAGCAUCUGGCGGUCAUAAGCGCCGAAACGCUCUACAAUCAAGCAGAAGAGGCCUUCACAGCGCUCGAGUCGUUACUAGGGGACGACGAAUGGUUCUUUGGCGCCGAGAGACCUAGUCUGUUCGACGCCAGUGUUUUUGCCUACACGCACCUGCUACUGGACCACGGGCUCGGCAAGGGCUGGCUAGACACGCGCCUGCGCGACACGCUAACAUCGCGGCAACGCCUGGUUGCGCACCGUAACAAGAUUCUGGAGAAGUACUUCCCAGACGAACUCUAG